AAAAGACCUAGAAACCGAAUAAAUAUUUGGCGGGAAAUAGAUCAGAAAUCAAAUUCGAAGGGGGCGGGGGGGGGGAGCAACCAUUAUCGAACGUCUACACGUGCGAAACUGCGGCAAAGAAAGCUUGCGGGCGCAAAACCGCGAGACGGCUGAAAAUACAAUAUUUUAUGUAGCUUCGUAUAUCAAAUGCAUAUAGGUGUGAAAUUUUGCAUUAGUAAAAUUCGAAAGAUACCUGAUAUCUGUAUAUAGGAGAAAAAGAGAGAAAGGGAAAUGGCAGGUGUUUCUGUGAACGGUACGAGACCUGUGGAGGUGAAUUAUAUCCUGAAUGUGCUCAACUACAUAAACGAAUUGAACGAGUCCUCGAUAACCGAGGAGGUGAAAUGUUCCCUAAUGAAAUAUCGACACCAGGAGCAUCCUUUCCAUCAAUCCGGGUGCGAGGUUGACUGGGAUUCGCUUCUCUGCUGGCCUCACACCUCACCCGGGAGUCUUGCUACUUUGCCCUGUUUCGAGGAAUUGAACGGAAUUCGUUACGACAAUUCUCAAAAUGCGACCCGGUGGUGCUGGUCAAAUGGAACAUGGGACAAAUACUCAGAUUAUUCAGCGUGUCACGACGUUAGUCUGACAGCGGUGGAAUCGGGGGUUGAAAUUACCACCAUGCUCUACUUUGUUGGAUACUCAUUCUCCCUUUUUACCCUUAUAGUUGCAGUCUCUAUAUUUUUAUACUAUAAAGAACUCAGAUGCCUACGAAACAACAUUCAUACAAAUCUAAUGUUCACCUAUAUUUUAGCAGAUUUAAUGUGGAUACUCACAACUGUUAUGCAGUUAACAACGCAGACGGAUCUUCCAACAUGUAUAAUAUUCGUCUCCCUUCUCCACUACUUCCAUUUAACAAAUUUUUUCUGGAUGUUUGUCGAAGGUCUAUAUCUGUACUUAUUAGUAGUAAAAACGUUUACUGGGGAUAACAUCAAAUUAAGACUAUGUUUGAUUAUUGGUUGGGGAGUACCAUUAAUCGUUAUUGGAGUAUGGGGAAUUGCGAAAUCAUUGGGAGAUAAUUUCACCUCUCAUGGUCAUCAGGAGGUGGCACUAUGGAAGCAUUGUUCGUGGAUGACACCACACCCCUACGAUUGGUUCUACCAAGCUCCAACAAUUGCUGUCCUGUGUAUGAAUGUGAUCUUCUUGUUCAUGAUUAUGUGGGUACUGAUAACGAAACUCCGAUCAGCUAAUAACGUGGAAACCCAACAAUAUAGAAAGGCUACCAAAGCGCUUCUUGUACUCAUCCCCCUGCUUGGCGUUACCUACAUAUUAGUACUGGCUGGUCCUACACAGGGACAUGUUGCUCACAUGUUUGCCAAUUUACGCGCCAUACUGCUAUCUUCACAGGGCCUUUCGGUAGCGCUGUUCUAUUGCUUCCUAAAUACUGAGGUGCAAAAUACCGUUCGUCAUCAUUUUUCGCGAUGGAGUACGGCCAGAAAUCUUGGUGCGGAUCGGCGAUACUACAGCUAUAAUAACUGGUCCCCUCGAUCAAGAACGGAAAGCAUAAGACUUUAUUGUCAACCAUCGAAUCCUUAUCGAAAAAGAGAAUCUACCGUCAGUGAAACAACAACAACCACAGUUAUUGGGCCCAAUCCAACGACAGCAUUUAUCGAGCGUGAGAAAAAAGCCAUAUCUGAAGAUCUUAAUGAAUGAAUUGGAUAUUAUUAUCCCCAUGUGUUAAUAUAUAAUACACGUUAUUAUAUUUUAAGAUAAAUAUAUAGAUAUUAUACAUGAUUAGUGUGUUUCAUUGAUUGUAACAAAGUAUAUUCUAUACCUAUGUGCAACAAGUCCACUAUUGUACUGGCAUUGUAUUAUAUUUCUAUAAACCUACAGGGUAUAAAAUUGUCCUUUGUUGUUAAUUAAGGUACAUUUGAUUUGAUACUAUAACAUUAUUUUUAUAGCCAUCAUAUCGCAAAUUUGCAGUUCACGAUUUUGUGAAACACAAUUCGGUGCAUGGUGCGCAGAUAUCAUAUCAACAGUAUAAACAUAUGAGAAAUAGUUUCGAUGAGAUCUCGAAGGUGGAUCUUUUGUUACUUAGAAAUAAUCCGUGGAAAUUUGAAUUUUGAAUGUCAUCUAUCAUACAACUUUUCUCUUGAUUCAUGUUCCUGAUUCAAUUCAAAAUUAUGCACAGACGUUUACUAGAUAAUUCGAAAAAGAUAUCGAUGUCAUUGUGUGAAGAGUGUUUAUCGAUAGUUUUCAUCUCACUAAAGAUACAGUGGAUAUCCCAAAGUGCCUAGAUUGGGAAAUCUAUGUUAUGCGAUAGAAUGAUUCGUUAUGUAAUAAACUACGGUACAAAACGGAUAUACACGCACCAGAUAAAACUAUUGUAUGAAGCUAAGUGGUAAGGCAACAUCAUGUCGAAUUGUAUCAGAAAAUAAAUAUUUCUACCUUCACUGAAUCAGCUGAAUAUAUAAUUGAUUUAAAA